CAAGUGUCACUAUAACAGAAGGACAUAAUCAGGGUUGUAAUUCUGCAGAACCUUACAGCCAGUCUCGGCCACCAGGGAGCUCACUUCUUCUUUCCGCUAUUCUGAGGUGCAAAGUCCACUGCCACCAUGUCUGACACAGAGGAAGUCGAGGCCAUAGCAGAAGAAGUAGUUGAAGAGGUAGUUGAAGAGGUAGUAGAAGAAGAAGUGGUAGAGGAAGAGGUAGAAGUGGCCCCAGAGGCAGCCCCAGAACCAGAGGCAGAGCCUGAGCCAGAGCCCGAGCCAGAGGCAGAGCCUGAGCCAGAAGCGGAAGAGGUCGUUGAAGAGGAAGCCCAAAAGCCACAGUUCAAAGUACCAAAGAUUCCUGAUGGCGAUAAAGUGGACUUUGACGACAUUCAGAAAAAGCGUCAGAACAAGGAUCUUGUUGAGCUGCAGGCCCUGAUAGAUGCUCACUUUGAGCACAGAAAGAAGGAGGAGGAAGAGCUCAUCGCCCUCAAAGAAAGAAUUGAGAAGCGUAGGGCUGAGAGGGCCGAGCAGAACAGGAUCCGUAGCGAGAAGGAGAAGGAGCGCGCGGCGAGGCGUGAGGAGGAGAGGCUGAAGAGGGAGGAGGCAGAUGCCAAGAAGAAGGCUGAUGAGGACGCAAAGAAGAAGUCUGCCCUGUCCAGCAUGGGCUCCAACUACAGCAGCCAUCUGCAGAAGGCUGACUCAAAGAGAGGUGGGAAGAAGGAAACGGAGAGAGAGAAGAAGAAGAAGAUCCUGGCAGGCAGACGCAAGGCCCUAAACAUCGACCAUCUGAAUGAAGAGAAACUGAAGGAGAAGGCAAAGGAGCUGCAUGAAUGGAUGCAGACACUGGAGUCUGAGAAGUUUGACCACAUCGAGAGGCUGAAGAGGCAGAAGUAUGAGGUCACAACCCUGCGUAAGAGAGUGGAGGAGCUGAGUAAAUUCUCCAAGAAGGGUAAAACGGUCCGCAGAAAGUAAACAGUACCCUUCUGCUGCUUGGAGCCCAGACUGCCACCGUACUACCGGACACGAGCAUAAUGCAGCAACAACAACACACACUUACGCUAAGAUCAUGGCUCGGACACGACUAACACUAUGUCUUAAUGUUUGCAUAUUCACAAAAGAUGUGCUACGGUCUACAGACGUAGAACGGAGCCAUUAGCUGCUGUUGUAGGAAUUAUCCCUCACGCUCUCUCUCCCUGGACUGUUUGGUUCUCAGUAUUUUUGUAAAUAAAGUGUGACUCUUCAA